AUGCCUUGCACUCCUCGCCCCUUCAAGGCCCCCGUGCCCAAUGCCAGUCCGGCUCUGGAAGCCGUGGCCGAGAAGCUUCGCGCCAGCGGCAGCAGAAGACUCCUCACGGCAGAAGGCAUCAGAUCUCUCUCCACCUCGACGAAGAACCUCGUCGACAACCUAUAUACCAACAUCCGCAAGAACUGUUGGGCAGACGCCAUCUGCGAAACCCCAGCAAGCCUCCGCUCCGGUCGAAUGGACCCCACCGGUAGAUGGCACCUUCGUAACCCUCACGUCUCCGCCUUCACCGAGGACCUCUCCCACGCCAUCCAACUCGGCGACAUUGACGAAGUCGACUACCGCCUGUCGUCCCGCAGGAUGCCCCUCAACACCUGCGACCGCGAGGGCAACUCCCUCCUUCACCUAGCCCUAACCUCCGGCCACUUGGGUAUCGCCGAUCUUCUACUCGAGAGUGGAGCCAGCCCCCAGUACAGCUUCGACCCGGAAGUCCCUGAGCUCGACCAACUCUUUCAAUGCCCCGAUCGCGUAGCCCCGCAGCUCAGCUCUAUCCGCGUCGACAUCCUCCGUCUGCUACUCAGAUAUGGUGCCCAAAUCCGCCGAUUCCCCACCCUCAACGUCCUCUUCGACUCCCCCGGGAAUGCCCCAGAGCUCCUUCAGCUCCUCAUCAAGAACCAUCCGGAUGUGCUCCACGAACGCUCCGAAUCAGGCCACACCAUCCUCCACUCGGCCGCCGCGUUCGGCACCCCCGAGGUAUGCGACUUGCUGCUUGCUCGUGCUCCGCACCUCCGGACCACAUAUACAGACUGGGACGUGACACCCCUGCACAUGGCAAUUCUAGAGAGGAAUGAGCUGACAGCUUGUUUCCUCAUCUCGGCCGAUAUGAGCCUGCAGAUGCGCCACGGAUAUGACCGCACCGAACUGUUCCUAGCAGCAUGUAUGGGCCUGCGUCGCGUCGUCAAGUUACUACUAUCUACUUCGGCGUUCUUUGCGUACCCGCUGCAGAAGUGGGUUUCGGAUGCCAAGGCUGCUGUCCGCGUUGCUUUGUACAUGGGUAAUACCGAGAUUGUGGAUAUGAUUAGACGGAAUUUAGGAUUGGAUCAUGCUCAUACUCAUCGUCCGCAGCGGUCUGGUGAGGUCGGGUCGCAGAAUGUGAAUGGGAGUGGGAAUGUCUCUGCUCCUGCUCAUUCCCUCGCUACUGUAUCCAAUUCGGGGACUGGGAAUCCUCUGGACGGUGGCGAGGGUGCGGCAGAUUCUAUCAAUUUGGAGGCCCAGGUUGAUCGGUUUUUGAACAGCACGGGUGGGAGUGGACAGAGUACGCUUGGUGUUAUGGAUACGGUGAUAGAGAGUAUUGAGCAGUUGUGA